AUGCCGGGGAGUCCGCAUAGUAUGUAUACGUACGAGGAUGCGAGGGGGAGUGUGGCGCCGGGGGAGGAUAUUUUUGAUGAGAGGAGUUUGUAUCGGUCGUUUGAUCGGUUGGAUCAUGCUGAGGGUGAUAGAGCGGUGGAGGCGCCGGGUGGGAUGGGUGCUGAUGCGGAGGCGAAGCUGAGGGAGCUUUGGGAGAUGAUGCAUCCUAGCGCUCAAGACGGAGACGAUGAUGUGCCUGUGCAGGACUUUUCACUGCUGGCCUUCUCGUCGAAGGUUCAGUCGCUGCACAGCCAGUCCGCAAUGCUGAAUGAUCAGAAAGAGGUGCUACAGCGCCAAAUCAAGCAGCAGCGCGAGCUGAACAAUAAGUCCGACGAGACCAAAGACCGCGAGAUGGCCGAGAUGGAGACACAACUGAAAUCCACCCAAGCCACCCUCUCCCAAGUCGAAGCGCAAGCCCAAAGCCUCGAAUCCAAGCUCGCAGACGCCCUAGACCAAUCCUCCCGCUCCCAAGGCGAAGCCACCAUCGCCCUCCACUCAAACAUCGACAACCUCCAAAACGAGCUCGACAACCUCCAAAACAAGCUCGAGGACCGCCAAAACGAGCUCGAAGACCUCAAAUCAUCCAACGCCAUCGACCUCGCCGACCUGCAAUCUCAACUCACCAGCUCCUCCGAGCACAUCUCCGCCCUGCAACUGGCGAAAUCCACAGCAGAAGCGCAUAUCGGCGAUCUCACCGCCGAUCUCGAGAAAGCGCGUAAGGCGGAGGCGCAAGUUGUUAGUUUGACCGCUGAUCUUGAGGAGGCGCGGAACGUUCAAUCUGCCCGCGCGGUCGACGAGGAUGAGCUCGACACGAAGAAUAUGGAAAUCGCCCGCCUGCAAACCGAAGUCACCAUCGCCCGCGCCGAACUCGACGGCGCGUACGGCUCUCGCGCCCAACGCGCCGCGGAAGUCGCUUCCAACCCAGCUAUACAGAAGGAGCUCGACGCGCUGCGACGCGAGCUGGGCGAGACGAUCGAGGAGUACGAGGUCCUCACCAAAGCCUCCAUCGAGGGGGAGCGCGAGCGCGAGUUGCUGGAGAAGGAAAUCGACCGUCUCCGUGACGAGAGGGAGGCCCUAGAGGCGAAACUGAGCGAUGAGAGGGUGCGCUGGAUGGGGGUGAAGAGUCCGGGACCGGAUGGGGGGGGGCGGCGGGUGUGGGGGCGGGGAAUACGAGUACGGCGGUGUUGAAGAAUGAGUUUAAGAAGAUGAUGAGGGAUACGAGGGCGGAGAAUGCGAAGGCUUUGAGGGCCGAGCAGGCGGAGAGGAGGAAGUUGGAGGAUGAGUUGCGGGCGCUGAAGAAGGCGCAGGGCCCGGGGAAGUCGAAUUUGAGCCAGAGUACGCUUGGGUCUUAAGACGGUCUGUCUGUGCCGUUCGGGGGAUGAUGCGUUUUAGCGGAGCGGGGUUGGAAAUGAAUUAUGUGUAUAUUUCAAAAGUGACAACGCGGUUUUUUUGUUGGGAGAAGAAAAAGAGGGGGAUUAGGGGGCGUAGAUGGGUAAGAGGUAGAAGAUGUACGGCUGGUUUGAGGAACAGAGGUGGGCAUAGACGGGCGUUUUCGAUGGGGAGAUCUGUUCAAUUUACCAUCAUUAUUUUGGUUUGACCUGUGGUGGUGGUGGUUGAUUGGUGUCUCGUCACCUGGUUUACUGCCACUUUCUGGCCGAAAAGUAUGAAACGGGAUCGCAGGAUUCAAUUCCAGCUAUACACCACCUCCCCUUCUAGACUCGUGAACGGCAUCGGAUAUAAAAAUCCACGACAUAACUUGAUGAUGUGACG